AUGGCAAUUCAGGGAGGAUGGGAAUAUGUCUAUAUCAAGAAUGAUAAGACAAGUUUAAGGGUGGUGUGCAAGGAGGAUAACUGCCCAUUUUUUUUGUUUGCCUCCAAAAUGCAACAUGAAAGCACUCUUCAGAUGAAGGAGUAUGUACCAACUCACAACUGUACAAGAAAGUUCAACAAUAGCAUGGUAAGGAUGAGAUACCUAACUGCAAAGUUCAAGGACCAGAUUUCUCUUAACCAAAAGAUAACACCAGAUUCUCUAGCUAAGACCAUGUCAGCUACCAAUAGAGCUAGAGUUUCAAGGUCCCAGGCUUAUAGAGCUAAAAGAGCUGCCAUGUUGGAGGUUGAGGGAUCCAUUAGAGAGCAGUAUGCUAGGCUGAGGGAUUAUGGGAUGGAGCUGCAGAGGGUUGAUCUAGUAACAACAAUAGACAUAAAAUGUGACUUCAACAACCGGGAGAAGCUACCCAUAUUCAAAAGAAUGUACAUUUGCCUGGGAGCUUUAAAAGAGGGGUUCAAGGCUGGAUGUAGAGCAGUUAUUGGACUUGAUGGAGCACAUCUUAAGAGUUGCUUUAGGGGUCAGCUUCUAACAGCUGUGAGAAUUGAUGCCAACAACACUUCUUGGGUUGUGGCAUAUGCAAUGGUGGAGCUGGAAAUAAAGGAUAGCUGGACUUGGUUUCUUGAAUUGUUAGUGAAGGACCUGAGUAUUGAGAAUGAAGGUGCAGGCUGGACUUUUAUUAGUGAUAAACAGAAGGGGUUGAAACCUGCAUUUGAGGAUGUUGUCCCAUUUGCACAAAUCAGAUUUUGUGCAAGACAUUUAUGGACAAACUUCACCAAGCUGUUUCCUGGAAAGGUUAUGAAGGAUCAGAUGUGGAAAGCAGCAAAGUCAACAACUUUGCCUUACUUUCUGAAGGAAAUGGAGGAGAUGAAGUCCCUUGAUGUUGAUGCUUAUAAUUGGUUGACAGCACCCGAGAGGCCACCCAAACAUUGGUCCAGAGCUUACUUCAGACCAGGCAACAAUUGUGACAUCCUCAUUAACAACAUGUGUGAGAGCAUUAAUGGCCUUAUUGUACAGGCAAGGGGUAAGCCACCUAUCACAAUGUUUGAAGAGAUACGGAUGAAGUUAAUGAGGAGGGUUCAAAGGAGGAAAGACAAGAUGGCAGCUUAUGAAGGAACUAUCUGUGCAAAGGCCAGAAAUGUUAUAGAGAAGAAUAAGAUCAAGGCUGUUGAAGACUGCAUUUCAACAUUCAAUGGUGGGGACCAAGCAGAAGUGGAGAACAUUGAGGGUUCCAAGAAUGUUGUUGACCUUGCUGCAAGGACAUGCAGUUGCAGGAGGUGGGAUUUGACUGAAAUCCCAUGUAAGCAUGCAAUUUCUGCCAUCCUUGGAAAGAGGGAGGAUGUGGAUGCAUAG